AUGCCCCCCUCCCCCUCGAAACAGGAGGUAACCCACGCCUACCGCCACCUCCUCCGCGCCGGCCUGCACGCCGUCCAGUACUCCAAGCCCGCGCGCUACGUGAUCCGGGACCGGCUGCGCUACGCCUUCCGGCACCACCCACCGGGCCAUUUCAACGCUGCAAGGGUUAACCGGACGCUGGAGUUUUUGGAGGGCGCGGCGGGGAGUAAAGGGUUGGAGCAUCGGGUGGUGAAGGCAUUGGUGCAUGUGUGGUGGGAGCGGGGGAAGGGGAUGGGGAUGUGGUCACCCACGACGGAGCGGUUGGAGUGGAAGAAGAGGGCUUAUCGGGAGUUUGACCGGACGGUGUGGAUGUUGGAGGAGAGUAUGGGGGUGGGGCUAGGGGGUAGUGCGUGGGAGCCGAAGAAGUCUUCUCAUGCUCUUGAGGCCAUGAGGGUGUAG